AUGCGGCCCGGACAAAAUGGGUCGUGCAUUGAAGUUGGCCUUAGCCCUCCCCUCCUAGGAAGGGUCAUAGAUGCUUUGCAUUCCAAACUGAAACAGUUCGCCGGAACUCUGCAUAGAUUUCAGGCCGGAGAACGGACGGCGAUGACUACGAGGAGAUGGUGGACGCGGCGCGACGGCAGCGACGACGCCGACGAUCUCGUCCCCAUGGACACCCAAGAGCAGGAGGAGCUGGUCCGUUCCCUGGAGCAGAAGCAGGUGCACCAAAGCCGCCGUUGGAGGCACGUCUUUGCGGGAUUCCUCCUGAGCUACACGGUCUUCCUCGUCUACUCCAGCUUCCACCAUGCCUGGUCUCCCUGGGAGCUGCGAUACCAUGCUUACUUUAUGGAAGAUUUGCCUUCGCCGAUGGUCAUCGUUGCAGAUUGGAUAGCUGCCCUUGCAUGCUUAUUCGCAGUUAAGGGGCUACUACAAGCAUCCAACUCCUCCAAGAAGUGGAUGUGGUAUUCAUUCUAUGUUGGCAUGGCGGUUGCCAUCUUCUGGACAUACUACCUCUUGAAGUUACCAAGGAUCCGAUGGGAUGUAGUGUGGCUCCCGCUUGGCCCUUUGAUUGCUUCUGCAUUGAGCAUCUAUGUGGACCAUACGCUAAUGAAGUCGAUGCAAGAUAUCAGCACCUUGAGGGGCUACAUGUACAACUUCAAGUCCCUGUGAUGCUAAGCAUACUUCUCGUCUGGGUCUUGCACUUGGCUGCACUGUGUACAUGGGAUACCCCAUCAUUCGUUUCUACUUGCGACCUCUCGUUCUCGACUUCAGAACGUCGAGUCAAAAUUAGUAUAACAGUCUAGUUUCCCCGCAAAAAAUAAAAAAAAUAGUAUACUAGUAUAGUUGCGUCAGCCUUGCGUAUGAAUUAUCUCUGAUUGCCUCACAGUAAGGAAAACUGAUACGAAUCAUCUACUUUUCAA